AUGUACUUUGUAUUUAUGACACUUACUACAUUAACUGCAAGUAUUAUAAUUUAUCAGAGUUUCCUUUUCUAUGGUAGCAAUUUACAAAUUAACGAUUUACCGGAAUGGAAAUCAGAUAGAGUUCCAUGGGGUUUAAUGCAUGAAGAAUCUCCAAGAAAUAACCCCAUUCUUGUUCAACAAAAAACUCUAAAUCUUUUUACAUACUCUUCAACAUUCAGCAGAUUUAGCGAUGUACCUCUUACUUUGAUCGAUCUACCUGGAAUUACAGAAUUAUUAGAUAGAAAGUAUUUCGUGUCAACCAAAGAAAAAACGAGAUUAAUGAAUACAAAGAAUUUUGCACCUUUACUUUAUAUACAAUCUGACUGUGAUACUGCAAGUAAUAGAGAUAUCUAUGUAGCAGAGUUAAUGAAGUACAUACGUGUUGAUUCAUAUGGCACAUGUCUGAAUAAUGCUCAGUUUGAUAAAAGGUUGAAGGAAAAUUACCUCGAAAUAUUAAACAGUGAAGAUUUUCUUGCUUUCAUUGCCAAUUAUAAGUUUACAAUAGCUUUUGAGAAUGCAAUCUGUCAAGAUUAUAUCACAGAAAAAUUAUGGAGGCCCCUUAUUGUUGGAUCUGUACCUAUAUAUUAUGGAUCACCAUCAUUUAAGUCUGACUCUGUGCAUUAUAUUCCAUAA